AUGAGUGUCUUUUCACCGAGCCCCACCAGACCCCUGGGCAGUAUCUCUGGGCUCCUCCAAGUAGCCUCCUUGCUCGGCCUGGUUCUGCUGCUGCUCAAAGCAGCCCAGCUCUACCUGUGCAGGCUAUGGCUACUCAAAGCCCUCCAGGAAUUCCCAUUGCCUCCGUCCCACUGGAUCUUUGGGCACAAGCGAGAGUUUCAAAAGGAUCAGGAGCUGCAACAGUUGAUGAAAUGGGUAGAGAAAUUCCCAUGUGCCUGUCCUCAUUGGCUGUGGGGGAGCAAGGUUUUCAUCCUGGUCAAUGACCCUGACUACAUGAAGGUGAUUAUGGGGAGAUCAGACCCAGAGGCUAAUGAUGCUUAUAGAUUCCUGGCUCCCUGGAUUGGGUAUGGUUUGCUCCUGUUGAAUGGGGAGACGUGGUUCCAGCACCAGCAGAUGCUGACUCCAGCCUUCCACUACAACAUCCUGAAGCCCUACGUGGAGCUCAUGGCUGACUCUGUCCAAGUGAUGCUGGACAAGUGGGAGAAGCUCAUCACCCAGAAUUCAUUUCUGGAAGUCUAUGAACAUAUCUCCUUGAUGACCCUGGACACCAUCAUGAAGUGUGCCUUCAGCCACCAGGGUAGCAUCCAGUUGGACAGGAACUCCCACUCUCACAUCCAGGGCAUUGAGUACCUGAACAACCUGGUGUUUUCUCGUGUGAGGAAUGCCUUCUACCAGAAUGACAUCAUCUACAGGCUGACUCCUGAUGGCCGCUUGACUCACCCUGCCUGCCAACUUGCUCAUCAGCAUACAGACCAAGUCAUCAGGUUGAGGAAGGCUAGCCUGCAGGGAGGAGAGCUAGACAAGAUCAGGAAGAAGAGACACUUGGAUUUCCUGGACAUCCUCCUAUGUGCCAAAAUGAGUAAUGGGAGCAGCUUGUCCAAUGAGGACCUUCGAGCUAAAGUGGAUGUGUUCAUGUUUGAGGGUCAUGACACCACAGCCAGUGGCAUCUCCUGGAUCCUCUAUGCCCUGGCUGUGCACUCCAAGCAUCAGCAGAGGUGCCGUGACGAGAUCCAGAGCCUACUGGGGGAUGCGGCCUCCAUCAUAUGGAACCACCUGGACCAGAUGCCCUAUACCACCAUGUGCAUCAAGGAGGCUCUGGGACUCUACCCACCGGUACCAAGCAUUAGCAGAAUGCUCAGCAAGCCCAUCACCUUUCCUGAUGGAUGCUCCUUACCCAAAGGAAUCAGAGUCUUUCUGAGCAUUUAUGCACUUCACCACAACCCAACGGUGUGGCCGAACCCAGAGUGCCCUGGCCCUCCACUUUCUCUGUUUACACUGGGCUCUGCUCAAAAUAGCCAUGCUUUCCUGCCUUUCUCAGGAGGACAAGGUGAGAAUUGUACUGGGAAGCAUUUUGCCACAAACAAGCUGAAGGUGGCUGUGGCCCUGGCUCUGCUCUGCUUUGAGCUCUCACCAGAACCCACCAAGGUCCCCUACCCUGUGGCAGGAGUUCUGUUGAAAUCCAGGAAUGGAAUCCACCUGCUCCUGAAGAAACUCCUCUAA